AUGAAACGAUCGCUGCAAAGUCUUCGCUACAAAAUUUCGCGAAUUCGAAUACCGUCCGGACCUUUUCGACGCAGUCAAAGUUUUCAUUCAUCAUACUCUGGCUAUACUCCAAGCAUCACAUCCACGGCUACACCUACAGUUCAUGAAGAUGACGAUAUAGAUGAUGAUGCAUUUCAAGCAAUACAUGCGGAUGAACCUUUAAUAUAUAUUCCGUGUGAAUCUUGCCAUCAAUCCAUUCUGAUUGCUGAUUUCCCCCGUCAUCAGAUUUCAUGUCACCGAAUCACAGAUCGUCCACAAAAUAGGCAUGCAUCUCCACAUAUAACAUCGUCUGGCCGUCGACGUCGUGCUGUUUCUGAUGAUGUAUCACCAUCACCCAGUGCACCGCCACGCGCGCGAAGCCCAUCGCCAACCGACGGUGUUACUCCACCGGCAGAUCUCGUCUGUCCAAUAACGGGACAAUUAUUUGGUGAUCCAGUUAUUGCAACCGAUGGUCAUACAUACGAAAAAUUUGCUAUCAAACGAUGGUUGCGAAGUUCAACGACGAGUCCAACGACGCGUGAACCACUGGAUAAAAAUCAACUUAUUCCAAAUUUUGUUGUGAAGAAAAUGUGCGACGAGUUUCGUGCUGAAUGUCAACGACAAAAAUUACUCCCGAAAUAUACACUUGGUAUUCACGUGAAGAAAACUGAAAUGGCACCACUCUUGCAAACCGAAACCAAAGCAAUCUAUCGAGCUGAAUGGACGUCAACAAGUCCGUCACCAGCUGAUUCGAAUAUCGUUCUUGUUCAUUUAACUGGUGAUCAUGCAGCAAAAAUCGGUGAUUUAUAUACUCGACCUCCUGUACAUCCACAUGUCGUUCGAGUCUUGGGUAAAGUUCAACAUCCGGAUGAUGGCAUCUUACUUCUCCAAGAAUUCCCACCGGCUAAAACACUAUUGCAAGUAAUGAAAGACAACCAUCAAAUGCUGUCUUUAAGAACAUGUGAUUUAACCCUCUACCAACUCAUCUCGGCACUUGAACAUCUCGCGAAUGAAAAAUUUACCUAUCAACAUGUUACUGCCAAUAGCGUUCUAAUCUACCACUUGGAUGGCACAGCCGAGAAUACCUUGGUGAAACUUGAUACGAUCGAAAGUACUGAAGAUUUAAUCAGCCGCAUCCCACCAGAAGUCUUACUAAAGGAAAACUAUUCGGAAAAGGCCUAUGUUUAUGGAUUUGGUUUACUUGCUCAAAAACUGUACUCAUUAGAAUUAAAUGUCGAUGAGGCAGAUUUAACAUUACGACAAACUUUAUACAAAAGUUGUUUAGUCGAGACUGCAACAGAUCGACCGACAUUUACCGCGUUGAUAAAAUCAUUUCAGAAUUUGAUGGGACAAGCAGAAGACAUGUUUCAGAGUACCUCCUCCGACUGA